GCCAUGUCGACUCCUACAAGCAACAAGACGUCCGUCAGCAUGAACAACACAGCAGGUAUGGGGACGUCACCUACUGCUUCCACUGUUCAGCCACAGAAUCCACUCGAGCAAGAACACUCCGGCGAGUCCGAUGUUGAAGAAUCCCGUGUCUCAGAGGAUGAAGCAAUCCCCCCGGUGAUCCCACGAGUGAUCCAGUCACGGAUCAGUCAAACUGCCCUCCCUCCAAGCGGACCGCCUCUCGACACUGACAAUAUGCGGUUCCAGGGAACGUUGGAUGACUGGGCGCGUGAACGCUAUCGCCUCGCUCAAACUCCCGAAGGUCUUCGUCUGCUCCAGUCUCGCAGUUUCAUGUCUAGUCAAGUUGGUGCCGACGCCGCUGCUUUAGCCGGACAAGCUGAGCGCCUUCCUCCUCCUUCGCAGCGCUCGCGUCAAUCUGGGAGGGAGGAUUAUCCUGCCAUGUCGACUUCGUAUGUCGCAUCUUCGCUGUUGGAAGGCGUCGGAGCGUUCAGAACCA